AUGACGAACAUUCAUAAACUCAAAUUUGCGGAUGCAGCAGCUAUUGUACAAGCUCACCAGAAAGACCAGCAGAUCGAAGAACUGCUGACAUCUAAACUAGAGGAUCUGAUAAAGAGGUUUAAAAGUCAAUAUAUCGCCAACGCUUACUCUAGGGAGAUUUCGAUUGGCGCCAAAGUUCUUUAUCUAGCAUUGACUACUCUGCGCGGAAAAAGAACACUGGGGGAAGAAUACGUUGAUUUAAUUCACGUUAAUAGACAGGGAAAUCUAGCCGCAAACCGCAGUCGGCGUUUGCUGUUCAUACUUUCGUACACUUUGGUGCCGUAUGCCCUAUCGAAGGUAGUUGGGUUAUUUUCGAGGCACUACAAUGGAGACGGAGAAGUCGUGGAGUCCGUUAGGGGACCGCCUGGGUCCUUCUUUCGUUUUAUUUUGGAGAAUGGGAUUCUUCAGAAACUGCUUAAUGCAUUUACAGACAUCAAUCUCAUACUUUUCUAUUUCAAAGGUUCAUUUUAUCAUAUUUCUAAACGUGUUUUUGGUUUGCGAUACUCCGUUGCUCAUAAAGUGAAUGAGUCAGAGAACAGAUUCAGUGAAUCGAGCUCAAAAACAUAUAGAAUUUUGGGGGUCAUCUUUCUCAUUCAGACAUUAUCAAGAGAUCUCCCGCCAGUAGUACGUUGGUUCACCCAGUAUAUGGGGAAGACAGCAAAGAAUGAUAUGUUGAGCCUAUCCGCUGAUGACCGCACUACGCUUCUUAUUACCGGGGUACCUUCUUUUUCCCAAGUCGAGCAUAUAUACCUGAAAGAUUCGAGCGAGCUUCAAUUUAUAGAAGCAGAAUCAAGAAAAUGCAUUUUAUGUCUCGAAUGGAUGACUGAUCCCAGUUGUGGUCCAUGUGGCCAUAUUUUCUGCUGGUCGUGUAUACUUAACUGGUGCAAGGAAAGGCCAGAAUGUCCUUUGUGCAGGCAGGCCUGUCAGAUGCAAAGCAUUUUGCCAAUAAGAUAG